AUGGCUUCCGACGGGAGUACCGGGCCAGGCCACCUAGACGCUACCACUGAUCGUACUGUUGUGUUCUGCCACUCCUGUCACCACGAAUGGUAUGCGGACGAGGGUGGCCAGGAAUCAUGUCCAUCCUGCCACAACGAGUGUGUUGAAAUUAUUUCCCGCGAAACUGAUCCGCGAGACAUGUAUCGCGAAGACCGUACAACGGCCUCUCCACCGGAACUACAACCUCGGCGGUAUUCCGAAGACUCCGACCCUGAGGAGGCGGAUAUCGAAGACCAUUUGCAUCCUCGGCACCACGGUCCCUUCGCCUUCGGGGGCAACUGA